AUGAAGGAUUCAGCAGACUACGAAUUUCCAUUUCUAGAAGAAGUCUACACUCCUGCCGAGCAACCUAAGAUCGACUUCGUUUUUGUACACGGUCUCAAUCCUCGCGGUCGAACCGACCAUGCCUUCGAAACAUGGACACAUCAGAAUGGAACCUUCUGGCCACGAGAUUACCUCCCUCAAGACAUCCCUCAGGCUCGCGUUUUCGUCUAUGGCUAUAAUUCAUAUGUCACAAACCCCCAGGCGAUGUCAAAUGCGAGUGUGAAAGACCAUGCGAAUACAUUGUUGAACUUGUUGGACAUGGAGCGCAGUCCGCAGGUGAAUGCACGGCCUCCGAAGAUCAUCUUCAUCGGACACAGCUUAGGUGGACUGGUGAUCAAACAGGCUUUAUUGAAUGCGCAAGAGGACCCCAAGUAUACUUCCAUCCGGACGGGCACGUACGGACUUGUUUUCUUCGGCACUCCACACCACGGUACCAAAGGCGUUGAACUAGGAAAGAUUGCGGCCAAGGUCGCCAAGUUCGUAUCCAAGGGCCAUGCCAGCAACGACCUUCUCGAUUGCCUGGAGCACAACUCCCUGUUCACUAGACAGAUGAGUAGCCGAUUCUGCCACCAACUGGAAGACUACCGAGUGAUCAGUUUCAUCGAGGGAAAGGAGGUUCUCUUGGGAGGGGCAGGCCCGGCUUCUAUCAGUCAUUUGGUAGUAGACGAAGAGUCCGCCAUCCUUGGACUCCCUGGGAACCGCGAGACGCGUCUCAAACUAGAUGCGGAUCACUCCCAGAUGUGCAAGGUCGGCAAUCGAGGGGCGAUGUACCGGCUUAUCAAGGGCAAUAUCAAACAGAUUGCCGACCAGCUGUUGGUCACGGAACAGGGUUAUAUUCCCCAGCCGUCGCCAUCUCCGCGCGCGGGACCACCAUUGCCACCGCGACAUACCAACAGCAGCGCUCCCUAUCCUCCUCCCGGCAUAGCUUCGCAACAGGCGACACAGCGAGUCAUCGGAGCCCUAUAUAACCCUGUUGACAAUGAUCCACGGUCGGUUGAAGCGGCCGAGCACAAGAAUAAAUGGAAGUGGGACGACGCACGGAGGGUGGAGUAUACCAUCUUCCAGGAGCACUUGCGCACUCUCGGUGCAGACCACCAUAGCACGUUGCAGGUCGGCUAUAAUUUGGCAGAGAUCGAUCUUGAGUCGGGGUAUAUCGGCAAAGCGGCCGAAUGGUGCCAAUGGGUGUCGAACAACAGUCAGCGCGUGUUCGACAAGCGCCAUCCACUUACGAUGAGAGCCGAAAGCUUGAUGGGUGAGAUCCUUGUGUCUCAGGGUAAACAACAGGAGGGAGAGUCCGUGUGUGCCAAUGUCCUCGCCCGGCAGCAGAUGACGAUUGGAGAAGAUGAUGUCGACACAUUGGAGACACGCCGUCGACUGGCGAACGCAUAUAGCUCGGUUGAGCGACGAGAUGAGGGCAUUGCUACUGCCAAGAAGCGUACGGAGUCUCUCAAACGAUUACUGGGUGAAAAUCAUAUCAAGACGUACGCCUCGGUACUUGACACCAUCGAAUUGAUAGUCGCCAAACUCUCAAGCAACAACAACAACACCGUGAUGGCUAUGACCCUGUAUCAGACGGGUACGGACGAGAUAGUCAAUGUUACCCAAGAGGCCUCCCGGGAGCUGAACAACUUGCUGGGCCCUCGGCACCCACUUUCUAUUCGCAGUCUCCGGCUGCUUGGUGCGUGUCAGAUUUUUGCUUCAGGUGGAAUUACAGAGCCAUCCGAAACGCUACGACGAGCGUUGGCCACGGCUGAAGAGAACCUCGGUUCUGACAACCCGGAGACCAUUCAAAUCGUGAUUUAUAUGGGUCUAAUGUACGCUAAACAAAGCAACCCAUAUAGUUACGCUUUCUCCCAGCAAAACCUCGAUCUGGCACUGCCUUGGUUUCAACGAUAUCUGGACUGGGCCCGAAGCAGGGAUAUUAUGAGCAGCCCUGACCCUCAGGCGGUGUUGGGCAUGCUAGGCAAUAUGUACAUGGCCAAAAGAGACUAUCAACAGGCGCAGAAUUACUACGAGCAGCUGGUCAAUGCAUGUCAGAAGGCAAACAUUCCGGUUCCGGCCGACGUGCCGAACAUGCUAGAGCUGUGUCGGAUGAACACCAGGCUGAUGUCGCCGUACAGAAAUUCAUCGGGCAUUGAAUCACUACUUUCCUCCUUCAAACGAUUAUAG